UUGAAUAAACGCCAAAUUUCAUCCGUUUCUCAAAUUUCAAAAUAUUGUUGUGAUGUUGGAGCUAGGACGAGCGAGAGUCUUUAUACAUGCUGUAUUGAUUUAAUAGUUCUGUGCCAAUAAUACCAGUAACGCUGUAAUGUCCGUGGCCUAUCUAUCGCGAGCAGUGAGCUGUAUUGACGUUAACAGUGAAUGAAUGAAUGAAUGAAAAUCGGCCACAUGCUUUGUCUCAGCACUGUGUUAACCUUACAGUUAUUGAAUUACAGAUCCUGUGUAUAUAUGCAGUUAAUAUCCGUGGAGGUUAAAGAUGUAUUAAGGUAUUAUGAAUCGUGGAUAUAACAGCGAUAAAGACAUCGAUCAGGGCUGGGCAUGGGUUGUGCUGUGUGCUGUUUUUAUUUCUAUGUUACUAUAUGGCAUGGUACAGUACAGCACUGGAAUUAUUGUGGCGGCCAUGUUGGAUGAAAUGGAUGCAGAUUUAAUAUAUGCGUCAUGGGUUGGAUCAGCUCACAUAAGCGUUGGAUUUCUUACAGGUCCUGUAGCUGGUGUUAUCAAUGGUAAACUUGGCUGUCGUUUAUCAGGAAUCUUGUCAGGAUUCGUUAUACUGGCAGGUCUCGGGUUGUCAUAUUUCUCAACAUCAGUGUGGUCUUUGAUGCUGACAUUUGCUCUUAUUGGAGGUUUUGGAUAUGGUCUUGCGUAUAAUAAUUGUUAUGUGGCCACUGGACAAUACUUUCAUCGUUUACGAGCUGUGACAACAGGCUUCAUGACAUCUGGUAUUGCUUUAGGAAUAUUUAUAGGACCGGUCACUAUACGUGCUUUGAUGGAUGAAUUUACUUUGCAUGGGAUGUUUUUAAUAAUGGGUGCUUUGUGUUUUAAUAUUACUGCAUUAUCGAUACUAAUCCGUCCAUCACCUUUUGAAAAAUCAAAACAAUAUAAUAAUAAAAUAAAGGAAUUGGAAAAGGAUAAUAAUAAGAGGAUGUGUUGUAUUCAAAGUGCAUGUGUAAUGGAUUUCUGGAAACUAUUGAAAAUCAGAUCAUUCUUAUUUUACUCUUUGAGUAUAUUUUCAUUUAGUACUGGGGAAUCAAUGACCCUGAUUCAGUUACCUAUAUAUGCUGAGCAACAGGGUUCCACCAAGAUGGAAGCAGCAACAUUGUUUACAGCAUAUGGCAGCGGUUCCAUCGUUGGACGUUUGCUCAUAGGAUUGCUUGCUAACGACAGGAACAUCAAUAAAGCAUUGCUACAGGGUUCUUGUUUGGGAAUAACUGGACUCUUAAUCUUACUGUUUCCUUCUUAUUCAAGUUCUUGGACAUCCCAGAUGAUAUUUUCCGGAGCCAUAGGAAUGUUCACCGGUGGAAUUCCUGCUCUGUUUGGUCCGUUAACUGUUGAGUGUGUUGGUUUAGCAUUUUUAGCAUCAGGAUUUGGGUUUCUGUCUAUGAUGUCCGGUUUAACCUAUGCAGUUGUUCCAGCUCUUGCAGGCGCUGUCGUCGAAGCAACAGGCUGUAUGUCUUAUACAUUUUAUCUUGGUGGUUCUGUGGCAAUAGUUGGAAGUUUGUUAGCAUUUGUGUCAGGUACACAACUGAUACCAAUAACAGAUGAUAUCACAGAAAUAACAGUUCAACCCGAUCCACAAAAUAAACAUCUAAUAACAACAACUGAACCACAGACGAUUACCAAUGGGGAGUUACGUCCCUUGAAUACGACAUGCCCUGAAUCAGAAUAAAAACAUGGUAGCUCUGGUUGUCAUAACCACCAUCACCAUACCAACCAGAAAUAAUACAACUUUGGAGUUCUGUGAAUACAAAACAAAACUUCCAGGCCUAAACAAAGACCAGCUAUAGACAGAUUUAGCUCUUGCAUAAUCCAUCUGCUUUGAUCCAGCGAAUGGUGCUCCUAGCCCCACAAAACAUUACGUAGAAACAUGUUUUGAUUGUAGCCCAAGAGACUGUCAUUCGGUAAGAGGGACGGAUUUAUGUCAACACGAAUGGGUACGUAACUCCUGUCCCGUGUCUUGUGGCGAGUGUGGAAAAUGGAUCUCGGAAAAAAAGCAACCAAUCUGCCACGUUGAUGAGAGUGUCUGUAAAUCUAUAGUUCACAAUGACUGCCACCACCAACUUAUAAAGAAGAAAUGCAGUUCCAAAUGUACCACAACACCCGCUCCAAAACCACCGAUUCCGACAGCACAUAAGCUACCAAUAAACAGAACUUGUCAUGUGUGUGAAUAUCCAUUUUGUGAUCUGGAUUUUGAAGCUGUAGAAACAUGUGUGGAGUGGAAGCCAUAUUGUAUGAAUUACGUCAAAAUUGAUGAAGGUGGAAAUAAAUCCAUCCAAAAAAGAUGUGUAAGUGAAGUUGAGUGUAAUUAUGAGUGGUUAAAUAAAACAUCAACCAGACAGGAAUGCCAAUUCUUUGACAAUAAUAAAAUCUACACAACGGCAUUUAGUUGCCAGUUUUGUUGUGAGACAAAUAACUGUAACCGUAAUACAGUCCCGCAUCUGGACACCCUAAAGACAAAUAAAACAUAGGCCUAAUCAAUAAGCAUAGGCCUAAUCAAUAAAACAUAGGCCUAAUCAAUAAAACAUAGGCCUAAUCAAUAACACAUAGGCCUAACCAAUAAAUAAAAAAUUAUCAACAUUGGAAACGGUCUUGAUUUGUGUUCAUUUAUUUUUGUUCACCAUUUGUCCGUGCAAAUACUUUUCAAAA